AAUAAAGAAAGGAAAAUUUGAUGCCAUGUUUGAGUUGGAAUGGGAGAAGUGUAAGCAAGACUCGGGUGUAAUAAAUAUUGACGACAGUGAUGAGGAAGUUCACUCGUCAACUUCUAAAAACAAGCCUUCCACAGACGGGAAAGAAUCCAGGGUCUAUGAAAAUCAUGUAAAAAACAAAAAUAGUGAAGAUUCAAAUGACAGCAUAAUUUGUAUGCCUCAUUGUAAAAUUGAUAAAACUUCAUGGACUUUGUCAGAAAAUGAUGAACAUGAUAAUUUAGAUGACAAGAUUUGUGUUACUGACAAUGAUGGCGAUAUGGAAGACCCGGACUGGCUCCCAGACAUCCCCUGUAGUACACGGACAAGACAGAGAAACAUGAAGACAACUAGAUGUUCUGAUGAAGAGUGGAGUGAAAGUAAUGCAACCAGAACCAAGAACAUUAAUCUAAAAAGAAACAUUAAGAGUGAUCAGGAUGAGGGAGUGUUUGGUAAAAAGACACUGAUAACCAAGAAGGAAAGAACUACAGAGCUGGGAGUGAAGGAUGGUCUAUAUACUGGAAGGGACAAGUCUUAUGACUAUGUAGAAAUUGAUCCUGAUGAUGACUGGACACCAUUUAAAAGAGUUCCACUCGGAAAUCAUUCUGUAAGAUCAGCUAGCCAGAAGACCACACAGGUUGUAGCAAGUGGCAAUUCAGAAAGUGUAGAGACAAGAGGUGACUGGUGGGAAGACAGUGAAAAGGAACCUCUGGUAAUGUAUCAUAAUUCCUAUGGCUUCCAACAACGUACUCCAUCUAAAGACAAAGAAAAACCUAUGUGUAUCAAUAAGAUAGACAGACAAUUGGAAACUGAUAGAGAAAUAGGUUAUAAAAGAAGAUCUAGUCCAAAACUGGACAUAAAUAAACAAUGUGAUACAGGGAAUGAUAGGGGAAUCAUGGGACACUAUAUGACCUCAGAUUCUGAUGAAGACAGAGUGACCCAGAUACAGGAUGUGUUCCCAUUGCAGUCAAAGAUGAGGGAUUAUGGUGAUGACAAAGUGACCCAAAUACAGGACAUGUUCCCCUCACUCUCUAGAGAGGCAGUGUAUGAUGUCAUGUCUAGAAAUUCUGGUGAUGUAACAAGCUGUGUAGAAGAACUUCUGCAAACACAAGAGAUUGGCUAGUUAUUUUCUUCAUGCGUUUGAUGUCUCAGUAUUUUAAGUCUUAAGUCUACUACUGAUUUUGUUUUUUCUUGGAUGUUAAAUCUUGGUACACUGUAAUAGAGUGAUCCACCUUACAUCUGAUUGAGCUCCCGUGGUUGUUUUGAGAUUUUUAUAGGGUAAACAAUUUGCUAAGUUGACAUACUGUUAUGUUUUUCCAUCAGUCUUUAUGUGAGGUUUGUUGUUCUACUUUUGUUGUCAGUUAGUUGUAACCUUUUAAACAUUUUUAUCAACUAUCAACUCUUUUUAGAACCACAGAACCAAUUUCCAUAAAUUUCGGUACAAAACAUCAAUAGCUGAAGGGAAAUGAAAAUAGUGGACUUUCUUAUCUCUGCCCUUCUUGGGCCUCAGGAUUAGGCCAAAUCAUACAAAUUCCUACAAAUCUCAGUAUUUUCUUCUCCUGGCUAUCAAUUACCCAGUAGUCAUAUUGUUGGCAUGAUCCUGAUGAGCAGUGAAUCCUCAGCCAAAUUUGUGAAAUGCAUGGCUCUUGGGUCAUUUUUGUUUUGAGAAAAGGGCUCUAUUGAUUAUUAGUGGAAAUGAAUUAUAAUAUAGAAAAUCUUUUUUUUUUCAUAUAAAUGCAUUAAAGUUUGUACAUUUAUUUAGAUCGGUUAACUCAUGUUGCAUGUGUAGAUGUACCUCAUGAAUGUGUCAUGUACAUAUAGGUCCAGAAAAAUUAGGAAUAUAGUUUGUGUAUCUCUUUUGUACAUAGUGUUUUGAAACUUUUCGUUGUAUACUUGAACAAGCCAUUAACCUAUUCAAGCCCUUUGUACAGUAAAACGCAAUUAUAACCAAUUACCAUGGACUGAACAAUGUUGCUUUGAGCGUACUUCCUUAUAUCUGUUAAAUCACUUCGCUGUAAAUGUCUUUUUAUUAUAGGUGUGUUGGAUAUAAUUGUGUUUUACUGUAUAUAAUUGAACAGCAAGGAGGCUAACGAAAGCACUGAAAGUUCCCGUUUGUAUUGUCGUUGGUUUUAUAGAAGUUUUUUUUCAGUUUUUGUUUAUUUGAAUUAAGGCAUUAUAACCUAGGCAGUAAAGAACACUGGGUAUACAAGACUAAUCAUUUACAUUGAAGUUUUUAUGUAAAAUUGUUUUAUUAUCUUUGAUCUAGUCUAUAGCUAGUAAGAAAAUUUUAUUAUCAAUAAAAGUGGGAACAAUGA